AUGGUUUCACUUCCUUGUUCUUUGAAAGUUGCAAAAGAUAACACAGCUAAGAUUUAUGAUAGAAAUGGUAAAUAUCAUGGGAAGAAGCAGUAUAAUGAGGGUACAAUUGAUGAUGGCGAGUUAAAAUUUCAUUUGAAAAAGCAUUUGAAUUAUUUUAGAAUGUUAUUGAAUUUCUUGCCCAAUGCAUUUCAAUCUAAUGAUCCAAUUAAGAUGUCGGUUAUAUAUUUUAAUUUAAUUGGGUUAGAUUUGUGUAAAGGAGUUGAAGAAUAUAAUAAUAAAUUAUUUAAAACUAAGAAAGAACGGUCUAUAAUAAUAGAUUUUAUUUACAAGCAUUUGGUGGAAUCGGGUGAAGGGUUUAGAGGAUCAGUCAAUUUAAAAUUGCCAUUAGUUGACAGAUCAAAUGAAAUGAACGAAUCAUUAAAGAUUGUUGGGAAUUACGAUCCAGCUAAUUUAUCUCAGACUUAUUUUGCACUUUGUAUAUUAUUAACAUUAAGAGAUGAAAGUAUGAGUCAAAGAAUUGAUAGAUUUCAAAUUUUAUCGUAUCUUAAAAGAUGCCAAUUACCCAAUGGAAGUUUUAAACCACUUUUAGAUAUAUAUGGUAAACCAUUUGGGGAAAAUGAUUUAAGGUAUUGUUUAAUAGCAUGUUCUAUCCGUAAAAUUCUACAAAUUGACAAGAUUUAUGAAAUUGAAGAGUUGAAAAAAGUGGAUAUAAAUAUUGAAAAUUUAUAUGAAUAUGUUUUAAGUUGCACUAACUAUGAAGGAGGGUUUGGUGGUGAGCCCUUUGAUGAACCUCAAGCUGGAUUGACCUUUUGUGGGAUAGCAAUAUUAAAAUUAAUCAAUAAAUUAGAUUCCAAAGAGACAAAUAGUAGAAUAAAUUAUCACAAAUUAGUUAAAUGGUUGUGUCAAAGACAAAUUUGGUAUAACAAAUACAACAAGCAAGAGUUAGAUGAAGGCGAUAAUGGAAUUUACGAUAAUGGGGGAUUUAAUGGGAGAACCAAUAAGGCAUCAGAUACGUGUUAUGCAUUUUGGUGCUCAGCAUCUUUAAAGUUAUUAAAAUUGGAAAAAUUGAUUAACGUUAAAGGGGUUGAAUUAUAUUUAUUAAACGAAACUCAGGAUGAAAUCUUAGGAGGGUUUAUGAAGAACCGAAAGAGCGAUUAUUGCGAUCCAUUACAUAGCUGUUUAGCAGUUGCAGCGUUGAAGUUGUUGGACAGCGAAUAUGUCAGGGAGUUGAAGGAUAUCGAUGAGAGUUUGGUGAUAUCGAAAGAUGCCUUAAACUUUAUGGAGCAGUUGAAAUGGUGA